AUGGCGCUCAACAAUUUUCUCUUCGCCCAGUGCGUCUGCUACUUUUUGGCCUUCCUCUUCAGCUUCAUGGUGGUGGUGCCGCUGUCGGAGAAUGGCCAUGACUUUCGCGGUCGCUGCCUGCUCUUUACCGAGGGUAUGUGGCUGAGCGCCAACCUGACGAUGCAGGGGCGGGAGCGCUUCACCGUGCAGGAGUGGGGCCCGCCAGCCGCCUGCCGCUUCAGCCUGCUUGCCAGCCUCCUGUCGCUGCUGCUGUCCGCUGCGCACGCAUGGCGCACGCUCUUCUUCCUCUGCAAGGGACAUGAGGGCACCUUCUUCUAUGCCUUCCUGAACCUCCUGGUCAGUGUCUUUGUGGUCUUCCUGGUCUUCAUUGCCAGCACCAUCGUCAGUGUGGGCUUCAGCAUGUGGUGUGACACCAUCACCGAGAAGGGCACUGUGCCCCACAGCUGCAUGGAGUUCCAGGAAGUGGACUUGGAGCUGAAUGUGGACAACUCUGCCUUCUACCACCAGUUUGCUAUCGCCCAGUUUGGCCUGUGGGCCUCGUGGCUGAUUUGGCUGGCGAUCACCACCCUGGCGUUCCUGAAGGUUUACCACAACUACCGCCAGGAAGACCUGCUGGACAGCCUGGUUCAUGAGAAGGAGCUGCUGCUGGCCAGGCCAGCCUCUCGUACCUCUUUCCAGGGGGAGAAGAGUGCUGUCAUCUAG